AUGUCCGAAACUACCUCAAUGGAAUUUAAAACAUUUCUCAGACAAAUACAAAAACAAUAUUUGUGCUGUUAUCCCUUGCAUUGUAUAGAAUGGGAGGCCUUCCCCAAAGAUAUGACAUGGGAUCAACAAAAGGAUUUGAUAGACGCCACCUACAAUGCAGUGCUAAAUCAACAGCUACCCAUUAAAAUCGCCUACCAAUUGAAUUUCCUCAAGAAGUUAAUAGCAUUUUUGGAACAAACUACCUCAGAAGUCCAUGACACUGUCUAUGAGAGUUAUUGUGAUGUCCAACUGCGGGUUGCCGAAGAUAGUACACAAAAAUAUGCAUUUAAACAUUAUCUAUUGGAUGAUGAGACUCACUUUACGCUACGUGAAUCAAAAAGUUUUGUGGCCGAAGGUACUACAGGCCUUUGCAGUUGGCAAGCUUCAUUGGCAUUAUCCGAUUUUUUGUUACACCAUCGCGAUUUAAUAGAAAAUAAACAAGUUUUGGAAUUGGGAGCUGGUACGGGUCUAUGUGGUUUUAUACUAUUUAAAAUGUGUAAACCCCAACAGAUCAUGAUUAGCGAUGGUAGUCCUCAAUGCGUGGAAUUAAUGUGUGAAAGUGUUAAACGUAAUUUUCCAAAUGUAGCGGAAGAAGAAAGUUCGCAAGGAAAGAAAUUCUCAUGGAAUAAUCAAAUGUUGGAAUGUUCUGUAAUACCAUGGGAUGCAAUAAAUGAAAUUGAAGAGGUCCAAGAUUUGAGUCCUGAAAUAUUAUUAGCUGCCGAUGUCGUUUAUGAUGAUAGCUGUUUUGAUGAUUUAUCAUUUGCCAUUGAUUAUGUUUUUAAACUCGGCAACCAGAAGGUGGAAAUGUAUUUAGCAGCCACGGUUAGAAAUGAACAUACUCUAAAUGGUUUUCUAAAGAAAUUGGAUUCCUUAAACUUUAUUGUUGCCGAAGAACCUGUAGUGCCUUUGGAGAAAAGUAAUUUAUAUUGGGAUCGUACAACACCUGUUAAAAUAUUAAAAAUAACAAGAUGA